AUGUCACCCAUAAAAAAGUCUUUGCCGUCCACGGACCCCCUAUCUUGUCCUUGCGGACCCCCUGUGGUCCAUGGACCACAGUCUCUUCAACAUCUAUCUAUCUCGGUCUCUUCAACAUCUAUCUAUCUCGGUCUCUUCAACAUCUAUCUAUCUCGGUCUCUUCAACAUCUAUCUAUCUCGGUCUCUUCAACAUCUAUCUAUCUCGGUCUCUUCAACAUCUAUCUAUCUAUCUCGGUCUCUUCAACAUCUAUCUAUCUAUCUCGGUCUCUUCAACAUCUAUCUAUCUAUCUCGGUCUCUUCAACAUCUAUCUAUCUAUCUCGGUCUCUUCAACAUCUAUCUAUCUAUCUCGGUCUCUUCAACAUCUAUCUAUCUAUCUCGGUCUCUUCAACAUCUAUCUAUCUAUCUCGGUCUCUUCAACAUCUAUCUAUCUAUCUCGGUCUCUUCAACAUCUAUCUAUCUAUCUCGGUCUCUUCAACAUCUAUCUAUCUAUCUCGGUCUCUUCAACAUCUAUCUAUCUAUCUCGGUCUCUUCAACAUCUAUCUAUCUAUCUCGGUCUCUUCAACAUCUAUCUAUCUAUCUCGGUCUCUUCAACAUCUAUCUAUCUAUCUCGGUCUCUUCAACAUCUAUCUAUCUAUCUCGGUCUCUUCAACAUCUAUCUAUCUAUCUCGGUCUCUUCAACAUCUAUCUAUCUAUCUCGGUCUCUUCAACAUCUAUCUAUCUAUCUCGGUCUCUUCAACAUCUAUCUAUCUAUCUCGGUCUCUUCAACAUCUAUCUAUCUAUCUCGGUCUCUUCAACAUCUAUCUAUCUAUCUAGGUCUCUUCAACAUCUAUCUAUCUAUCUCGGUCUCUUCAACAUCUAUCUAUCUAUCUCGGUCUCUUCAACAUCUAUCUAUCUAUCUCGGUCUUUCAACAUCUAUCUAUCUAUCUCGGUCUCUUCAACAUCUAUCUAUCUAUCUCGGUCUCUUCAACAUCUAUCUAUCUAUCUCGGUCUCUUCAACAUCUAUCUAUCUAUCUCGGUCUCUUCAACAUCUAUCUAUCUAUCUCGGUCUCUUCAACAUCUAUCUAUCUAUCUCGGUCUCUUCAACAUCUAUCUAUCUAUCUCGGUCUCUUCAACAUCUAUCUAUCUAUCUCGGUCUCUUCAACAUCUAUCUAUCUAUCUCGGUCUCUUCAACAUCUAUCUAUCUAUCUCGGGUUCUUCAACAUCUAUCUAUCUAUCUCGGUCUCUUCAACAUCUAUCUAUCUAUCUCGGUCUCUUCAACAUCUAUCUAUCUAUCUCGGUCUCUUCAACAUCUAUGUGGCGGUCAGUAA